CCGCCUCGCGCCUUCGGCCGGCGGCGAGGACAGAGCAUCAAGGGGCGGCGAGGCGGCUGGCUGGCGCGGCUGAUCGCGUACGAGGUGUGCUGCUUCGGGCUCUGCGCAGCCCUCUUCGCUGCCGCGGCGGUGCACCACGGCUUUCGGGUUGCCGCGGGGGGAGGGCCUCGGCCGGAGGACUGGACGAUGAUCUGGACAACCCUCACUUGGUGCAAGACGCUGUACGGCCUUCUGGCGGCGCCCUACCUCCUCUUCAUGCUCCCGCUCGUCGGCGAGAUUUUGCUGCAGGUGCCGCUCAUGACGGGGUACGACGAGCACGGCGCGCCGCGCCGCGCCGCACUCCUCGCCCCUCUGUGCCAGCUGCAGCGCUACCUGACUGCGGUCGAGCUGGACAAGGCGAGGGAGGCCCGGCUGAUCGCGCGCCUGCAGGCGAAGCAGGCCCGCGAGCUGGCCCGGGAUCGUGAGCGGGCGGGUUGCGGGUCGCCCUGCUUGAACCCUUGA